GCCACCAUUUUGUGCAAUCGUUUUGCCCUUCAGCGACCGUGUGUGUACUCAACGGUAGUUUAGUAAUCGAGUGUGAAUGAUGUGAAUUCGUCAUCGUUGCGGUUAUCGCGAUCGACCGCGUGUCGCGGAGUUGACGUGCUCGACGAAGCCGUGCGCAUCAACACGAAUUCACAGCCUCUCUUCCCUCUCUCUCGCUCGCUCACUAACGAGCUGCUAGUGCUCCAAUCUUUCUGCGCGCCUCUUGUACCUCGUCAUCUCGGCAGCCUGUGUGACUCAUAGCGAUAUUGUUACGUUUUGCGAGAUUUGCGAGAUGACAAUGUGCAACGUGUGAGACAACGCGAUUGCAGUUAGCUCGUAACGUAUCUCCAGGAAACGACUGGACAUCAGAGGACAGUAAUAAAAUUACAUAUAACAGUGAUCACUCGCAGGAGCAAUGAUGGAUGUAGAUCCACCAGAAUUUCUCUCAAAGGACGAUGAGAUUCAGUAUUGGAUGGAUCUAGCUCAUCGGCUGCAUCAAAGGAAAGACGAUGUUGAACGCGAAUUAGAAGAAUUCCAAGAAAAUUCACAGAUGUUGGAGAAAGAAUUGGAAACUUCUUUAGAGCAGGCAGAAAAGACAAACAGAGAACUGAGACAAAGAAAUACCAGGCUUGCCACAGAGGUUGAACAGUUGAGAACGCGAUUGGAUCAGCAGUCUGCAGAUUGUGCAAUGUUUCAAGGGAAAGCACAAGAUCUGCAGCAGCAGCAUGAGCAUUUACUAAAAUAUAUUAGAGAAAUUGAACAGAAAAAUGAUGAUUUAGAAAGAGCACACAGAAUAAAUAGGGUCACAGAAGAGGAAAUAGAAGCUAAAUUUAAUUUAGCUAUAGAAAAGAAUGCCUUGCUCGAGUCGGAACUUGAUGAGAAGGAAAGCCUAAAAACUAUAGUGCAAAGAUUAAUGGACGAGGUUAGAGACUUAAAGCAGGAAAUACAAGUACAUGAAAGGCAUCAUGCGGAUAAUAACAAAUCUGCCGACAGAGUUCGUAACAAUAUCGUCGAUAGUAACAAGCUACAGGCCGAAUUGGAAUCGAAUUCACCCGCUAGCCAAAUAGUCUCACAAACCGUACCUCCGAAUAAUACGACGACUUCGCCGAUAAAAAUUGGACAUGGAAUGGUAGGGGGUGUUAUUGGAAACAAUAAUAAUGUGAGCCAACCAUUACCGCCUUGCACGAGAAUACUAGCAAUGAAUAUGAUUGGCGACCUCAUGCGAAAAGUCGGGGCAUUGGAAAACAAACUGAACACAUGUAGAAACGCGUUCCGAGAAGAUCAAGCAGUUCGCGACCUCUACAGGGCUAGACGACAAGUCAGAAGCCCAGCCUCAGGAAACAACAACCACAUUCGAUUAUAAAUGAACGGAUAAUAUCGCAGCGAUCAUGUGUCCGCACAUCACACUGUAAUCCAACCCGAAUAUAAUGUCAACAAAUUUGUUAGUUGAAAAUUUUGUUAGAAAUAAUGAUUGUGAUAAGUUUUCUGAAAUUAUUUUAAAACUCGCGCAAUAUAGAAAAUAUAGAAAAAGCGCCGUGAUGCCAGGAAUGAAAAAUCAUUCUUGGUACAAAGGCACAAAACAAUAAGUUUUUAUAUUCUUCGUCAAUAACAUUCUUCCUAAUAGCGGACAUUCAAUUUGACGUAAUUAAUUUUUGGCACAAUUAACGUAAUGUCUUUAUAUAUAAACUUCAUAAUCUUUGAUUAGUAAAAAAUGUUAUGUAGAGUAAAUGCAAAAUAAAUGCAAAAUUUUCAGUUACCUAAAUAUAUUGAAUCGUAUAAAUUUGCCGUUGCAAUUAUUGCAAAGGAUAUUUUUCAGUAAUCGUAAAAAAAUAUUCUCUUUAGGAUUAUCGCUCUAUGGAAUAACUCGUUGUUGUACCGAUUUACUUUUUAAAACUCACAGAAUCUUUGUAUCUCCUUUUGUUACAAGAAAGAUGAAGGAUAUAUUUUAUCAUAAAAACUUACAUGUAUAAGAACUCGCAUAUUAGAAUUAUAUAAAAAACGAGAUAUCGGUACUCCGAUGAUUUUAAUUCACGGUAUCCUUCAACUCUAUUACGCUACAUUAUUAUAUAAACAUAUACGAUCGCAAUACAUAAUGCGUAACGAUGUAUAACCGUGUAGAAAACGAUAAUCAAUUUUCAUGUAAAUAACACAAAGAAUAAUAUGAUAAAGCUAACCAAGUAUCAUUAUUUAUUAUUUAUAAAUGAAGUUUGAAAUGAAUAUUUGUUCCCUUCGCAUUAAUUGCGUUUUAGAGAUUUCGCAAAUUUGUUUAGGCAGACGUAAAAAUUGCUUAAAAAGUAUGAACAGAAAUUUGUACAUAUUCGCAGACGAAUGAAGGGCUUGGAGCAAUGUAUUAAACUAGAUGAAAAUUUUGGUUUAGGUAUUUUUCUGAAAUCGUUCAUGGCCUGAGAAAAUCUCGUAUUGUUGCCUCAAGCGCUUCUCAUUGUACAUUAAGUAUAAGAAGCGAUAGCAGAGAAUAUCAUUAUUUAUUAGAAACACAAAAUAUUUGUGACGUUUGUAGGUUGAUUACAUAAUUAAAUAAUUUAUAAUAAUUUGAUUUUUAAUACACAGAUCUAGUAUAAUUUGUAAAUGUAUUUGUAUACACCAGUGUGUGUCUAUAAACAAUUAGUACGGAUAUCUUGUAAAAAUGUGUACGUUUAGCGCUUCAGAACGUUUUUAUGUAUAAUCCUUUUAUUUUUUAAUAUUCCGUAAAAGUAUAUUCUAUAAUACUGGAGAAGUAAUUGCUUUUCAUGGCGAACGAUUGGAUUAAUUUCAAUAAAUAUAUACGUUAUUGUAACAAAGACUACAAAAAUACGCGAUAGCAAUUACCUAUGCAUCAAAAGAUUAGUUAUUUAAACUAUAUCGCGAGAAAAGAUUAAUAAAAUACAAAAUUGUUAUCGUGAAAA